AGGCAGCCGCUGGCGGCCGGGUGGAGCCGCUGGCAGAGCAGGGAGCUUUCCGAGGGGACCGCCCGCAGCCUGCCGCCCGCCAGCCGCCGGGGGCUCGCCUGCCUCACCAUGCCAACGUGGGGAGCCGCCCUCGCCCUGCUCCUGGCCGCGCUCGCGCUGCUUGGCCUGCUGGCCUCGCGGUUACGCUGCCCAGGGAGGCGCGCCGUCGGAGCAGGGACCCUACCGGAGGCUCGGGGCCAAGACCACAAAGAGGAGAUGGAAGGCGGAAACCUCGCGGACCAGUUCAGCGACCGGCGGGAGCCCCUGCCGGGUGGGUGCCAUCUCAUCUGCAAGCCGUCGGCGCUGGCCCAGUACCUGGUACGCGCUUUCCGACGCUCUGCUGCGCUGGAGACGGACCCGCGUCCCUGGCUCUCCGGGCCCCACCUGCAGACCCUCUGUCACUUCGUCCUGCCCGUGGGGUCGGGCCCUGAGCUGGCCCGGGAGUACCUGCAGUUGGCGGACGACGGGCUGGUGGCCCUGGACUGGGUAGUGGGACCUUGCUCCCGAAGCCGCCGGGUCACCAACGCCGGAGGCCUUCCGGCGGUGCUGCUGGUGAUCCCCAAUGCGUGGGGGCGCCUCACCCGCAACGUGCUCGGCCUCUGCCUGCUCGCCCUGGAGCGCGGCUACUACCCAGUCAUCUUCCACCGCCGCGGCCACCACGGCUGCCCGCUGGUCAGCCCCCGGUUACAGCCUUUUGGUGACCCGUCCGACCUCAAGGAGGCGGUCACUUACAUCCGCUUCAGACACCCAGCGGCCCCGCUGUUCGCGGUGAGCGAGGGCUCGGGCUCGGCGCUGCUGCUCUCCUACCUGGGCGAGUGCGGCUCCUCCAGCUACGUGACGGGUGCCGCCUGCAUCUCGCCGGUGCUGCGCUGCCGCGAGUGGUUCGAGGCCGGCCUGCCCUGGGCCUACGAAUGGGGCUUUCUGCUCCAACAAAAGAUCGCCCUCAGCAGGUACACCACCGCCCUGGAGGACACAGUAGACAUGGGGAAACUGUUCAGGAGCCGCUCCCUGCGUGAGCUUGAGGAGACCCUCUUCUGCCACACCAAGAGUUUCCCCAUCAGCUGGGACACCUACUGGGACCACAAUGACCCCCUCCGGGAUGUGGAUGAGACGGCUGUGCCCGUGCUGUGUAUUUGCAGUGCUGAUGACCCAGUGUGUGGGCCCCCAGACCACACUCUGCCUACCGAGCUCUUUCACAGCAACCCUUACUUCUUCCUCCUGCUCAGUCGCCACGGAGGCCACUGUGGCUUCCUGCGCCAGGAGCCCUUGUCAGCCUGGAGCCACGAGGUCAUCUUGGAGUACUUCCAGGCCUUGACUGAGUUCUUCCGAGUGGAAGAGAGAAUGAAAGGGCUGAGUAGGCGCCAGGCUUCGUUCCUAGGGGGCCGGCGUCGCUGGGGAAGCCUGCAGAAGCGGGAGGUCUCUCCCUCUUCCAAUCUGGAGAUCUUUAGCUGGAAGCGGUCGUAUACAAGGUGAGACCUGCAAGGAAGAACAGAGCCCCCAAAAGAUGGUGAGCACUGAUUGGGGCCAACAGUUCCAUCUCUUUGCUCCUGAUUCAGCCCCUUCUCUCCUAGAACGGUCGCUGCAAAGAGAUAGCACUUCCAGCUAGCUGGAGCUCAGUUUACCCGGAGCCGAACAUCUACCCACGCUUGCUCAACACAUUCCUACUCACCCUGAUCAGCAGAGGGGCAUUCCCAGUCACUGUCUCCUGUCACUGACCUCAUAAGCCAAAGAAUUGCACUGUUUAAGUCCGUGGACUCAGGAGAAAAUGCUCUCUUACUAGCAAUGACUACGGAGGAGAUGAGUUGAUGCAAGCCAUUGGGUAGCUCUGUCCCACAUGAAUGAUCAUCUCUGUGACCCUGAUGCUCAAGCUGGAGCUACUCGAUGUAGUAAGGACAGGAUGUUUUUGUGUCAGUCCCACUUCCCUCGUUUCAUUCUGUGGUUGUGGCACCGGGCUCUGGCCUUCUGUAGCAGCAGCUGUGGAAGCAGGCUCUCAGAGUUGCUUGGCUGUUUUCGUCUUGUGUGAGAAAGGCAGUGGUGCAGAGGUGGAAGGCAGUAGUAGGUGCUGUGUGGGGACCUGCUUGGUGAGGGCCGACAAGGUAGAAUAUGAAUGAAUGCCUCUCUGGACUAUCAAGGUCCAGUCUUUCAGAGGCAAUCUGCAAGUCUCAGUUGGGAAUGGGAAUGAUCUGGGGCUCCCUCCUAGGACCUGGAGCCUCACUGGAGAAAUCUCAAGGAUGAUGUUAGGAACAGGAAGGCCUCUCAAGCAAGGUCUAAGGGGCCUGCUAGGUCAUGGCUCAAGUCGCCAGACUCGGAGGCGUCCUCGAUGUCCCCUCUGAUACCAUUUCAGGGAAUUACUACAGAAAGCCCUAGCCAGAGCUGUUUUUCUCCUGAGUGACUGUGGGCUUUCUGUCAGUCAGUGAGAAGUACAGACCUCAUAACUCGGGUGUUUUCUGGUUAGCUGUCAUCUUUUCUGUCAGUACUACUAACCUCUCCCUUUCCGGCACCAGGAGCGGCAUCUGGGACCAGAGAAAACAAAAGCACCAGGAGGUUGACUAGAGCAGACUCAGUGAUUUAUGAAUAUUUCACAUCACCAUGCCUUUUCUGCUCAAUUAUUCAAAAGGCCAUCCAUGAAAUGCAGAAAGCCUUCUUCCUGGGUCUGGCCACUCAGUGGCUGAGUGGGUGUUUGUUUUUAUGGGGCAUAAUGGUGAAAACUAGAGUAAACUGAGGCAUAGUGUACAGACUGAUCCACACAUCCUGGUUUGGAUUGGCCCAUUAAACAAUAUAAUAGGACAGUUGGCUCCAUGUGUUGCUAAGAUUCAAAAGCUUUGCCCUGAAGUUUUAUUUUCAUUUGCCAUUGAGAAAGAGGGCACCUGUUUUGACAGAAAGCGCCAUGCUGGCCUUACAAACAGCAAAGCAAUUAUAAAGAGGAGAGAUGUUGACCCAGAGCCACAUCCCAAGGCUUGGUAUGAGCUAUCCCUGGAUUUCAGGUCUGGAGAAUCUUAUCCCAGUUUUAUUCUAGAUCGAAUAGGAAGAAACCCUAAUCUAACUCCAAGGAUCUUAGCCGAAAUACAGACAACACUCGAUUGUCUUAGGCGCAUUAUCCCGUUGUGGUAAAAUGAACCCCUCCCCCACCCCACUUCUUGCUCUUCCUCUUCCACGCUCCUUAUCUAACAUCCUUUCACCAGUUCUGAGCAGGAGGAAAAAAAAGGAACUGAUAUCUAAAUGCAGCCGUUCUACUGGUGGUGAACAACAGCCUUGGUAUAAGACUUUGUGAGAGAGAAUUACUGACAUCUGGCCAUCCCCAUAGCAUUGGGAGAUUUCAGUUAUUUAAGGUCCCACAGUCCCAUAGCCCUAGGAUCAUUCGGAACUGAGUGCAAAAUGAGAAGCAGCUCAGUGGUUUUUUAAACCCCCAGGGCUUAAAGGGCUUCUAAGGGCUGAAAUCUGGAUGUUUCUCUAGGCUAGAUGCCAUAGGAUUCUGGUUCUUUAAUAGCUUUUGGAGAAUUAGUGGUUGGUUUUUCCUUUCCCUUUUUUGCAGGAAAGAAAACUUACCAGGGAGGGAAAUAUAUAUACUUUGCAGUUAUAGUCUUAAAGCUCUCAAAACAGACCAGCCCAAGUCCAGGCUCCAUUAAUUUCCUUGGACCCUGAGCCCCAAGUCCUAAAGUCUUUCUCCUCCCCGGCCCUCAUCACCAUCACAUCAAGCUUGACAGGCUCACUGCAUAAGUCAGGAAGCUAUGCCUUUCAUUUUCCCAUCACUGCUUGAAGGCUAGGGUUGAAAUGCUCAUUAUUUGCUAAGAAAGUGUAGCUUCUGUUCAGGCAGGUAAGGUUUGGGUGACCCUGUCCUUCAGAGAAUCAUCCAGAUUGGCUGUUUUGGUAAAUAGCUGAUCACGUGAAGCCAGCUGGAGCAGUCCCCAGGCAGACUACUCUGAGUGAAUGAGUGGCCCUUGAAGGAAAUGACAAGUUACGAGUAUGAAGAAGCAAGAAACAACAAAACAAAGCAAACCCAAACCAAGGAAGUACCACAGAAUUGGAGUUUUCCAGGUGAUGGUUUGUAAGGAUCUCACGUCUCAUUCACUUGCUUGUGUUGUCUUCAUUCGGUCCGUCUUUAUUUUGUUGUUAACUGCUGUCAAGUCAGCCCUGACUCAUGGUGACCCCAUGAAAUGCUACCCAGUCCUGCAGCACCCUGUUGAUCAGUUGUGGAUCAGACUGUUGGGAUCCAUUAAGUUUGCAAUGGUUUAUUUUUGGGAGUAAACUGCCAGGCCUUUUUUGCUAGUCCAUCUUAGUGUGGAAGUUUUACUGAAACCUGUUCAGCAAGCCUCCACUGACAAACAGGUAGUGGCUGUGCGUGAGGUGUAUUGGCCCAGCUGAACCCAGGUCUCCUUCAUGGGAGGCGAGAGGAAGAUGUAAGGGAAACAAAACAGUGACUUAAGGGAGGCAUUAUCUCACCACCAGAGACUGAGUCCUCUGUCUGCACCCAUUGGCUUGGAGAAUUGAGAGCCCAAAUGGAUCAAAACAAAGGAAGCAGACAACUGCCUCAGAAAGUUUCUUUCAGUUCUACUAUUCUGACCUCUGAGAUCAAGGACUGUGCUAAGCUGUGAAUUAGUUCUCAUAAAGAUUUAGCAUUUUAUGUAUUUAUACAUAGGUUUCCGAGGUGGCUUGGCUGGAGAGUAUGAAAAACAAAAUCUCAAAUCCUCUCUUUCGGAAGACAUCAUCUGUUUUGAGUGAAGAUAUCCUUUCCAAGACUUGAGACUUAAAAUACUGUUAGAAAAAGGCCUUGACACAGGAAGUUUUAUCUUGGCUUUGUAUGAAACCUCAAAACCACCCAGAACAGAAGCCCUUCUGUAGUCAUCUUCCACCCAGACCACAGAAUCCUCUGUCAGUCAGUCACACUUAGUAAUGCCAAGGUAUCUUCCUUUAGAAAUGAAUUUUAGCAUGAAUUCCCCUCCCUGCUUAAACAAGCAGACACACUUGACCACUUUGGUGGGACUUGGUAACAAUAAGGAAUAUUAGUGACCUGAAGGCCAAGCAACAAAGGAUACAUCAGAAAUUGUUUUCACUAGUUAUCACAAUUUGCAGAGAUAAGAUUGCUUUUAGGAAGGCUUGAGAAGUUAUACCCAGGGAGUGUCUGAGUGGCUGAAGAUGGAAUGGCUGCUUGGGAAGCAGCAAGCCCCACAUCAUUAGUGGGUUUCAAGUUAGAGUGCCACUUGGCAUGUAUCAUGAAGGUGACAUGUGCUGAGAAACGAGGGUGGCCUAGAUCACAUACAUAUAAGGUCUCUUCUCAACUGAGGCUGUGGAAAUAAAUAAUGCUAAUGAGCUCAGUGGGUUGUGAAGACUUCUGGUUACUUUAUGGGCUUAAGGAUCAGGAGACCACAGACCUGACCAGGACUUUGGGAGUUGGGAAAGGACAUAAAGAUUUUAAUGCAAAUAACACUGCUAAAGUGACCAGAGUAUGUUUUUAAGAUAUUCAAUAAUCAUAUUCUAAAGUGCCCAGGAAGAGCUGAAAGCUAGAGGGUAAAACGAAAUUUCACUAAAACAAUAAAAGACACUAAAAGCAUCAAAAACAGACCUGUCAGUCUCUAACCCCUCCAGCCUUCCCUAGAGUUUAUCACUAGUAUGCUUGAACAAAAAUUUCUCUCACCAAAUUGUUUGCCUUUGAAUAGUAAAUAAAUUGCAGUCUCCCUGCAACACUGGCAUGUUGUUUUUUUAAAUCCUCAGAAACAAAUGUGUGAUGUUUGUCUUCUGAAGUCCUCUGUGUACUGAGCCAUGCUUACCUACCUGUGGGGUUUAACAGAGCCUCUCAGCACAUUCUAUACUCCUUAGUUGUUGCCUCAUUUCUGUGGAUCUAGCCUUGUGUCCCCUCAACUGAGUGGCAGCUCUGUUUAAUCAACAACCAGACCUCCUGCUCUGGGCUAAUAAUUUCCCAGCAGGUCCAAAAUUCCCUGAUCAUGUAUGGUACCUACACAGAGAGAUCUUCCAGUGAUGCAAUUAGUAUUUGUGUUUUGGUUUGAGUACUGAAGCAGUCUGGAGAUAUGGGGCCUAGUUUCUACCUCAUAUGUGACUCAUAUGACCUUGGGGAAGUUAUCUAACUUUACUGUUUUUGAGUUGUUUCUUAUGAAAAGGCCUUAUUUAUAAGGUCUGUUCGGAUAUAUGAGAUAGUAAAAAUAUGUAGAUCCCAUUCUCCAAGACUCCAAUUCCUCAAAGACUUCUGUGAUGAAGUGGCACCUGCUUUCAGAUCAGAAUCUUUAUUCUCCAGUUGAUAUUUUACAAGCCAAGAAAGUCUGGUUACUAAUUUCACGGUAAAGAUGGGAAGGGCCUGAAAGAGCAGCACUUUUGAGUCUCACAGGCUGGGCCUUGGGUUGCUCAAUUGAGGGCAAAUGCACACCAUCCCCCAUCCAAACACAUGCUAUCAUGUUAUGGUUAAUAGGUUUCACUUUGGUUGAUCUGUUCCUGCCAAAAACUAUGUUUCAAUUUCGUAUAAAGGCUAGAGAGACUGUGGCUUUUAAGAUCUCACAAUUGAGAUCACAAAAAAUGGGGCAAAAACUAGAACCCCAGAUCGGUGUUCUUUAUGCCACACUUUGCCUUUCUUUUCCUAGCCAAUGGGUCUGAGGUGAUAGUAAAUAAUGCUGAUUUUAGACUCCAUAAUGUAAAAGAUGUUGACAAAAGGGGAAAUAACUUUUCUUCAGGGCUGCUGAAGUGCACAACUCUGUGGGGAGUCCUACACAUUAGUCUAUCAGUGGCACCCCCAAAGUUGUUCACUGCACAUCCUACAUAACCGUAAUACUCUCAGCAGCCCCGUCUCCCUCUAUCCAUUAAGCACAAGUACGUGAACAUAUAGUAGCAAUUGAGGUAAAGUCAUUAACUGGCCAUGACAGAGCGGAAGACCAUAGUUCUGCCACUGGCAUCACUGGAUGGAGGUGAUAGCUCUAAUAACCACUGCUCUGUGCGGCUAGCUGAUCACUGUGGCUUUUAUUUAUGCAAAAUUUUAGAGUCAAUAAAGACAGGCUUUAAAUCCUAAGCAUAACUCAAGGUCUCCUGAUGUUUAGCCAAUGACAUUUGUUUUGGGUGGUUGACAUGGGUUACAAGCUAGAAGCACAAGUUUUAUAAUACUCUCCUCCCAACGUAGCCUGAAAAGCCCCCCAAAACAGAAAGAAAUCUCGUUUUGUAAACCCUUGUUGGCGUCCUCCAAAUUCAGGGUGGUAUACUGGGAAAUGUUGGAAUUAGGAGACCUGGGAUCUAAUCUUGGCUCUGCCACACAGUUGUUUGAGCCACACAAAUUAAGCACUAUGUAAAUGUUAUUCUCAAAAUAGCUCAAUAUCAACAUUUUAGGAGUUACAAAGUUGUGUCAUUUUUCUCACUGACCCAAAAACCCAUUGCUGUUGAGUCAAUUCUGACUCAUAGCAACUCUACAGGACAGAGUAGAACUGCCCACAGGGUUUCCAAGGAGUGGCUGCUAGAUUCGAACUGCCGACCUUUUGGUUAGCAGCCAAGCUCUUAACCACUGUACCGCCAGGGCUCAUUUUCUCACUGACAGUUCUUCUAUUUAAUAAAAUAGGUAAUCUAAAUUAUGCUUUUUGAAAUGACACUUAAAGCUAUUUUUUUUAAUUAAAAAAAUAUAAAUGAAUAUUCCCCCCACUCCCCCCACCCCACUCGCCCAAUUAGCCUUCUGACAAAAAAGCCACUGAAACGCUGUUUUAAACAAGAGGACUGUAUUAGGUGAUCUACUGCCCUUUAUAGGGUUGAAAUGUGAUUUUUAAAUUGGGGGCGAUAAGGCCAGAUGAGAGUACUUUUUAAAGCUUUGUACAAGGUCCAAGAACUGCAUACCUUUAAGCUUCUGCGUGUGGUAGUUACAAAGACCACAACAAAGGAAUAGAACAACCUGUAUGAAAUAGAAUCUAAACCUAAAAUAGAAUCAUCUCACACCCAGAACAGAAGAGGCCACUUAACUGUGUAAGCAGAGAGAACUGGAGGCAAUUAGACUAGAGGAUUUAUGUCUCUAUAGGGGGAUUCACUCUUACCCAUAUCUUACUCAUUUUUGUAACCCCAACAACCAGCACAAUGCCAGAGAUUUAGUAUUAUCCAAUAGAUAGCCACUGAAUUGAAAUAUACUUUAUUGUUACCAUUUAUGGGAAUAAAAUUUACUUUAAAAAACUGAGCAGACACCCUGUGUACUAAAAUUACUUUAUUACAGUUGAUUUUUUUUUUAACAUUUCCUUUGCUAUGAUACAAAGGAUACUUACAAACAAAAUAUUACAUAUGACCUUGUUUUCUCUCUUAUGUUCUGACAACUUGGUAACAGCUUUAAAUGCACAAUCUAUACAAUUAAUACAGGUUAUAUAUGAACUAGAAGGUAUGUUGAACCAGAAGAAUACUGACGAUAUACUGUACAAUAAGCCUUACCAGUUAGUGCUGCGGACCGUUUCUACCAAAAGGAAAAUGCACAUCUGUACAGCCACCUUUACCAGCUGGUGCUGACAGUGAGGGAGGGGCUUCUUCCCCAUUGCAACCCUUGAUAAGCCUCCACUGUGGGCACCUGUUUGGUCUGAAAACUGAGAGGACUGUGUAUAUUUAAAAAAGAGUCAGCUGUAAAGCGGAAGAACACGCUUUUAACAUGAUAAUCUCUCACCAAAAAAACCAGUCCUCGUUUUAAAAGACCCCACCCAAGUCCUUCGUCCACUAUGAAAACCCUACAGGCUCAAGGGCUGUGGGAGAUGAGAAGAUAAAGGCUGCCAAAAAAAGGAGGCAAAAAACCAAGCCAAAAUCUAGGUCUUGCAAAAUCAUCAUUUUUCCCUUCACCAAAGGGAACUAGAAAUGUACAAAUUCAUUGAUGGACCUCAAUGAUAUCAUAUCAGUUAGCUGAUAACCCUCAUUUUAUCUGGAGCCCUGACUUGUGGGAAUAACUGAAAUAGAUUGUGGGUAAUAUAUACCACUUGUAGAAAAGAACCUCUUGCUUACUGAAAAUAUUCCCUUUAGCCACCAAAGCUGGUCCUGGGUGAUUACAGGUGUGCAUUCAUCUCUCAAUGUCUUCAGAAAUGAUAAGGUUACAGCUUUUUUCUUUUUUU